CUGGCAUGAUCAUGGGAGACCAGUUUGUUAGAGAAGUUCUCAGUCUGUGCCUGCAAAGGCUUGCCAUAGAAGAGGCUACAAACUGUGAAAUAGAGCUUAUUGAGGUAUUGAAAAACUUUGAGGCUGCCCGGAAAAAAUGGCUACAUGCUGAGCUGGAGCUGAAGAAACACAAAGAGCUCCUGGUGAAGUCAGAUGUUUCUCGAUCUGCUCUGGAAGUCAAACUGAAACAUGCUCGAAACCAGCUGGAUGUGGAGAUCAAGAAACGCUACAAAGCAGAAGCGGACUAUCAGUGUCUGGAGCGGCAGAUGCAGUUGAUAUGUGACGUGCUUGUGCAUGACAGCAAAUCAAGUGCCUGUCUGAAUGAUGAACAGAGGUCAAUGCUGACCAGCAUCAGUCACAGAGGAGCCAUUGUCCCACAGCACAGAGGAAAACGGUUAUCUGUGAUUGAUGAAUCCUCGUUCCUGUCUCACUCCGACAUCAGUUAUGACAGAACCGAUGAUGAUUUGGAUUUGGACAGCACUGCAUUUGUUAAGCCUCUUAAGUCAAGGGCUCGUGAGAGAAGACGUUCAUCAAUGGGCCCAUGUGUUGGUCCUCCGAUGCAGAAAAGGGGAAGGGUCAGCGGCCGUUCGGGAGAUCUUCUGGGGUCUAGACCACUUGAGAAGGAAAUUGAGACGACUGUUGUGAAGGCAUCCGUCACCACUCCAGAGAGUGGAGGUCAGAUUCACAUGGUAAUAGACAUAACUCAGGAGACUCCGGAACAUCCAUCCAGGGCUCUCAGAAAUGAACAUUUUCCAUCUGUUGCUGAACAAACGUCUGUGUGGGCAACAAGCGAGGCCACAGAAGCUGAGACGAUUGUUGAAAUGGAGGUGACCACCCCAGAGCCCAUACUCCCUCAGGACUUAUCCCCACCCGCUGUCGAUAAGACUUUGCAGCAUGUAUUCCAACAAAAAACAGUGAUUCGCCCUGAGACAUGCACACCAUGUGGGAAAAGGAUUCGCUUUGGGAAGAUUGCAGUAAAAUGCAGAGACUGUCGAGUGGUGAGCCACCCUGAGUGUAAACAACUCUGUGUUGAGAAGUGUAGCCCUAAUGCACAUGGUUCAGCCCAAUCCAAUGAGGACACAUUAGAGAGAUUCGCCCCCUCUACACGUCCACGGAUACCCCCUCUGAUAGUUCAGUGUGCUCAUGAAAUCGAGAGAAGAGGACUUGAAGAGAAAGGUAUUUACAGAGUGCCAGGAGGUGAACGGACGGUGAAGGAACUGCGGGAGAAAUACCUGUGUGGGAAAAGUCCAAUGAUGCUCCACAAAGUAGAUGAGAUCCAUGCUGUCUGUGGACUCCUCAAAGACUUCCUGAGGAAACUAAAGGAGCCCCUCGUAACAUUUAAACUUCACAAGAGGUUUAUGGAAGCUGCUGAGAUGGCAGAUGAGGACAAAAGCAUAGAAAUGUUUUUACAGACCAUCAAAGAGCUCCCGCAGGCCAACAAGGACACGCUGGCCUUCCUCGUGUUGCAUUUGCAGAGAGUUGAGCUGAGUCCGUCGUGUCAGAUGGAUCGAAAUAACUUGGCUAGAGUUUUCGGACCCACCGUCAUCGGACAUGCGAUGCUUGAGCCUUCUCCCAUGACCAUUAUGAGAGACACAAACACUCAGCCCAAAGUAGUAGCUCGGUUACUGUCCUUCCCUGUAGAUUUCUGGGAAGGUCUCCUAGCUGAGGAUAAAGAUCGCGUCAAUCCUGCUGUGGUGGAUUCGCACGUCAGCCGUGCUGGUCCCAGCACCAGCAAAGAUGACAAGAUCUUCAAGCCUGUGACCUCUCCUGAGUUGAGUAAAUACAUGAAAUCAUCCUCUAGUGGCUCCAUCAAGGGUCGAAUCAAGCAUUUUGGAGCUUUUAAUAAUCCAAGCAAACCAAAACAUGAUUCAGGAAAGAAGAAAUUCUUCACAUCACCGAAAUGAUUUAUUGUGUGUACUUGUUUAUGUAUUUUUUUUUUUUGUGUCUGGUAGUUUCACAGGGGACACUUUGCUUUGAUGGCUUGAAAGUCUUUUCUACCACAGGUAAAAAGCACUGUAGCACUUUAAAAUCCUACUUAUAAAAUAAUUGAAAAUGUUACUAUAAAUAUUAGUCUGUCUAGAGGAAUCAUGAAGAGAUGAAACUACAUUUCAAAACAAAUAUAAUUAUGUGAAGUAUAAAGAUGUGUCUUGUUGGUAUGGCUAAACACGGGUGAACUGCAAUAUUAAUUUAUGAAUAAAUGAUCAUGUAAAUAUA